GGAGAUUACAAGAACUUCAUCUAAAUAACUCGGAAUUCGGUGGAUCUCGGUCGAUUUUUGGAUUGUUUAGUGGCUAUCGGAAGGCUAAGGAUUUUGAUGAAUAAACUAUCUAACAUUGACUUGGCAUUCUUAACCUACAAGCAAAAGCUAGCGUUUUGGAUCAACGUCUACAAUGCCUGUAUUAUGCAUGCAUUUCUUGAACAUGGGCUACCUUCCACACAAGAGAAACUACUUGCACUUAUGAAUAAGGCUGCACUCAAUGUGGGUGGAAUAGUGCUGAAUGCUUUAGCCAUUGAGCAUUUCAUUCUUCGCCAUCCAUGUGAAUCAGAAUACGGUCCGAUGGACGAGAAAGAAAUGCUGCUGAGACAUGCCUAUGGUUUGGGGUAUCCUGAACCCAAUGUGACCUUCGCUCUUUGCCGGGGAACUUGGUCCUCACCAGCAUUAAGGAUCUAUACAGUGGAUGAAGUAGUGAACGAACUGGAGAAAGCGAAAGUGGAUUAUUUGGAAGCUUCAGUGGGAAUUACCAACAAGAAGAAGAUUUCGUUGCCGAAGCUACUUCAAUGGCACAUGAAAGAUUUUGCCGACGACGUUGAGUCGUUACUCGAAUGGAUUUACAGCCAAGUACCUCGAUCCGGUUCUUUGAAAAGAUCCAUCCCAGAUUGCCACAAUGGUUCAACUUCAGCAUUAUGA